AUGGCUGACAAUGAUUUGCAUGCCAUACUAGAAGAAGAAUUUAAUAAAUUAAUGCACGAAGAAGAAGUUUACCAAUCAAAAGGAUCGGGCUUUUCAAUUGACAGCGUCGAAGGUUUAUUACUAAGUGUUAUUAUGGCAAAAUAUGUUGACGCGCCAAAUCCAAGCAGAAUUAGUCACUACUUAAACGCACCAGUUAACUACGAUUUUUCAGAAUUAAACUAUCCAGUAGAAGUCAAGGACGUCAAAAAAUUCGAAAAAGGAAAUCCGGGUGUCUCUGUGAAUGUGUAUGGGUUGAAAAUAUGUGAGCCGACAUGCAACGUCGAUAAAAUACACAACCCCCCAAAAAACAAAGAGUAUAUUGUUGUUCCUUACAAGAUAAACGAUCAAGAGUUGAACAAUCAUUUCGAUAUUCUAUUGUUUAAUGAUGAUGAAUCAACUAAUGGUGAUAAAUAUCAUUAUGCCUACAUUAAGAAUUUUUCUCGUUUGCUGGUAUCUAAUGCUCAAACAGCUCAGCGAUUAUUUAAUAAACCAAAUUUUAAAUACAUUACAUAUUAUACUGAUGAAUUCUGCGCCAUUCACUUGUUUCACGAUGCUCUUAUUUUUGAUAAACCUAUAUAUGCUGGUUUUAGCGUGUUAGAAAUAUCAAAAACAUUGAUGUAUGAUUUUCAUUACAACACCAUGAGAAAAAUGUAUAAUGGACACAUCGAGCUUUGUUAUAUGGACACAGAUUCACUCAUUUAUUUCAUACAUACAGAAGAUUUUUACGAUGAUGUAUUAAAGAAACCUGGCUUUUUAGAAAAAUUAGAUACCUCAAACCUAGAUCCUAAUCAUAAAUGUUAUCGAACAGAACGCGCUAAAUUACCAGGGACCUUUACAGACGAAGCCCUUGGAAAAAUCAUAGCUGAACUUAUUGCUCUCAGGUCAAAAUCAUAUGGAUACGAAAUGGACGGUAAAGAGAAAAUCAAGGCCAAAGGGGUGUCUAAGAUUGUAGUUAGUAAUCAUGUCACGUUAAUGGAUCAUAAACAAUGUCUUUUCAAGGGGUUGUCUACCCCACACAUUCAAGAAGUAGACGAUAAUUACUCUGCUGAGCGGGAGAUGAUAUCAUUCAGGUCAAUCAAACAUAAAAUAAAAACGAUGAAGACUAGAAAACUUGCACUAAACCGUUAUGAUGAUAAGAGGAUAGUUGGUACAGAGUAAAGAAUCGGAUUGAAGAAGNGACCCGA